AUUAUUUUGUUUUUACCGCGCAUUCAGUUGAAUUCUAAUCGUUCGAAAACCGUUGUUCCCGAUAACCGGCUAGACAGCUCAAAAUGGCUAGUACAGCAUUGGCAGUGUUUUUUGUCUUCGUGGGCUGCUGCUCGAAUCUGGUCUUUCUCGAGCUGUUGACGAAGGAAGACCCGGGCAGCGGUAAUCUCAUCACCUUCUGCCAGUUUCUCUUCAUAUCCCUCGAGGGUGUGAUCUUCACCUGGAAAUUCGGCCGAGCUCAACGAACCAUCGAGAUCAAGAGCUACAUGGCCCUCGUCACCAUGUUCUUCGUCUCGAGCGUGCUCAACAAUUACGCCUUCGACUUCAAGGUACCCAUGCCACUGCACAUGAUAUUUCGCGCCGGUGCCCUCAUCGCCAACAUGAUCAUGGGCAUCGUCAUACUGAAGCGAAGGUAUCGCUCCGACAAGUACAGCUCGGUCCUGCUGAUAACCAUCGGCAUCUGCCUGUGCACCAUUAUGAGCGGCAAAGAGAUGCACGAAGAGGUGGCGGCCAAGAACAAUAUCGACGGUUUGAACGACCUUUUCUGGCUGGCGGUAGGAAUCCUCCUGUUGACCGUUGCCCUCCUGAUUUCCGCCAGGAUGGGCAUCUAUCAGGAAUAUCUGUACGCUCGAUUCGGCAAACAUCCUCGAGAGGCUCUGUUCUACACUCACCUUCUGCCGCUGCCCUUCUUUUUCCUAUUGUGGUCGAAUUUGUGGGAUCACGCGAUCAUAGCCGCCAACUCGCCGACCAUCCAACUGCCUCUCGUGGGCCUCGCGAUGCCGAGAAUGGUAGCCUACCUGAUCGGCAACGUACUCACGCAGUACCUGUGCAUCAGUUCGGUCUUCGUGCUGACGACCGAGUGCACCUCGCUCACCGUCACCCUCAUUCUGACUCUGCGCAAGUUCUCGUCCCUCAUCUUUUCCAUCGUCUACUUUCGGAACCCGUUCACCUAUUAUCACUGGAUGGGUACGGCUUUCGUUUUUCUCGGCACCCUCGUGUUUACCGAGGUCAUUCAGAAAUUUCGCAAGACGAUGAGAGAUCGCAGGAGGCAGCGCAGAAAAUUAGCGAUUGAUUAAUUUUAAAUUGUUUAUAUGGAUUAUGAGUAAGUAUUAUUAUUGAUCAUUGAGGAAAGGCAGAGGACCAAGUUGCUGUGAGCAAUAUUAAAAUAAUUGUUAACUGUGAUUUAACAAGAAAUUUUUAUUUAUUGUAUUUUUUACCCACCUAAACAAUUGUAAAUUGUAUACGAACAAAAAAAAAUGAGGUUGCAUUCGACAAUAUACCAAUACAUACAUGAAAAGUUGUACGGAAAUGUUUUAAAA